UUGGAUUUUAAGAGAAAGAUAUCGCCUCACAAUGCCUAAAAGAAGCUUUCCCUUUCAUAGCUGUUCUCCUCUACAGAUGAAGACACAUGUUAAUAGUUUACACGUCGAUAAGGACGCACAUUUGAUGAAGGUUUACGCAAGAACUACAGAUCUUCUCAUGAAAGGAUCUGCCAAGCUUUUCGGCGCAGGAAUGCUGAAUGGUGUGUCCCAAGAAAGURUUUUAAAGUGUUCAAGUUGCCAAGACUCCAAAGCGAAUCUCUUCGAAGCGUGUGUGUUCUGCUCCAAGAAAGUUUGUUCGUCUUGCACUCAAACGUGUCAGAAUUGUGGAGGAAUUUUCUGUGGGAUUUGCUCGAUAGUAAAUUAUGACGAACGUGAUGAAAGAGUUUUCUGUCUUGGCUGUCAAGGCUGAAGCAAGGUUUCUCUUUGAUGCUAGAAUUUUAAAUAGUCUUGUACAAAUAAAGGAAAGUGAAGAGUACUUCUACAUCUAUGUGCCAACCUUGAAGACCAGCCACCAAACUUACUAAUUUUGGCCCAUUUUGGCCAUCGCAUCGUUUCAAGUCAUGUGCAAAGACCAAAGAUCAAAAGUCCAGCUUUGAAGAAGAUGACUUGCAUGUUGCAGAGAUUGUGUGGCAUUAUUUAGAGGCCCUGUGUAUUAGAAGUACUCUAUAUGAUAAAUAUUGUUAAAUAAAUUAGUCCAUUCAAUAAUACCCAAGUUUUGGGGAGCUUUAUGACUGAGAUUAGAUAUAAACUUUUCACUCAGUUAUUUUCAAUUUAUAUAUAUAYAUUUUCCUUUCCUUUUUUAUGAAGAUGUAUAACAGUAAACCAUUGAUAUAAUACAACAKAAUUUAGAUAUAUAUUGAGAUUU